AUGAAGAUUUACGUUCACAUCAGAGAUAAGACAUACACAGUUAGUGUUGGUGAAGGCAAGCAGAAUGUCGAAUGGCUUGCAAAUGUUGCACUUCUUCGCUUUGAUAGAAGUGGUUUUGAUCAUCUCUCUUACAGACAGUUCAAAUAUCUUGACAAGCCACUCGAUCCAAAUGCAACUAUUGCUUCCCAAAUGAAAGAAGAUUCCCAUUGCUAUUUACUUCUCCAGGGUGAUGAAGGCUUUGAUGAUAACUUAGGCGAUGAUGAUGCAACACAGCCAAAGGCAGAUGAAACAGAAGCUACAGAAAAUCAAGAAGAAGCUGGCCAGGCAAAUAAUCAACCUGCCGAAUAA